GGUGAAAUUAGUUUUUGACUGACAGUGGAUUGUAAGCCUCUGAUUGGCCAAAUUAAAAAAAUGAUUGAAAGUAACCACGCCCUCUCAAAGUCUCAGUGUGCAGAGAUACCGUACUCAGCUAUUCUCAUUGGAAUGAAUGGGCGCCAUUUUGGGAUUCCGUAUCCAGUUCUGAUAAUACAUCCAUGGGUAUCCGCCCCCGUCCAUAUUUGGUAGAGCCCACGGAGGUGACGUUGGCCUCAAACACGGAAGAAGAGGUAAACGAUGGAGUGAUGUAUCUAGCUAACGGAGCCGUAAACCACAACUUACUGGACUCGAAACUCGAAUAUAUUUUGGCACCUCAUACCUAAACAGAAAAGCAGGUAUAGAUAGAUAAUAUCCGGAGAACACUAUUUAUGUACAUUAUUUAUGUGCUCGAGGCAGCGUUUGUUAUCACGACCAUCCCCCGCGUGCAGGUGGCUGUUUUAAGUUUGUUUUUUACGUUAAUAGCUUAAGACUGAUCGGUCACAUCCUCCGCUGCUAUGAGUGGCCUGCUAUUCUUUCCACAGGGAGAAACAAUGAACUAAUGACGAGCAAAAUAAAAUGGCUUUUGCAAACCUGUUCACGAGACUAUCUGUUGUUGAAGAAGAUGUCAAGAGUCCUGGUAAACCAGCCUUUACACACAGGAACGAGACUGAUAAUGGUAAAAGAGGCAAUGGCAGAAAGAGGAAAACCCAGGGUGAGCAGGCUGGCUCUUAUAAAAAGAAGCGAUGUUACCAAGCCCAGACAACCAGAACUUAUAAUGCUACAUCCUUCAAAGACGAUGACUCCGAGGCCAUACACUGCCAUAUGCAGAACACUGAUAGCGAACAUGCAAGUGAUGGCUUCACCAAAGAAGUGAAACAUAACCACAGAAAUAAAGCUGGCUACAAUAACAUGUGUCACAAAGGUCAGAAUUGCAAAACUAAAAAUAACCGUAAUGUGAACAAGCAACAACAGCAGAAAAAGGAGACGGAGAGGCAGAAAAAUCAGCAUCAACAGAAGGAUAGAUGCAGACCUGCCAAUAGAGGUGGGAGCCAUCAGACUAGACCUACGAGAAACAGUGGAUGGGGCAGUAAAAAUAAAAAUGAUAAGCAGGACUUCCAAGUGAAACGUACGAGGUUCAUGACACAGGAGUUCAAGGACCAGAAUGCUUUGUUGGUGGAUGGGCGGUUACUUUGUCGACAUUUCAUUUGGGGAAGGUGCAUCAAGGGUGACGACUGCCAACUGGAACAUAUUCAGGGAUACAACAAUCUUGUCAAAGAAGUGUGCAAAUUUUAUGUCCAAGGACUCUGCACAAAAGGAGAGAGCUGCCCAUACAUGCACAAGUCCUUCCCCUGCAAGUUCUUCCAUAGAAAAGGAAAAUGUUCUCAAGGGGCAGAUUGCAGGUUUUCACAUGAGCCACUUAAUGACGUCACUAACCAACUGUUGGAUGAGGCACUAAAACGGGAAAAUGACCUCUAUGAACUUGCAAAAAAAGCUGAACAAGAGUCAUCAGGACAGCCAGCGAACACAGAUGAGUCAGAAAUUAUAAACGCAAAUACAACCCCUGAUAUACUUAUACAACCUCUCAGGCCUAACUUUUACAAAAGCACAGACACAAAUGCUGAGGAAGCCUUAUGUCAAACUGAAGAACUGGCUGAUAUCAUGGAGGGAGCUGUCCCAUCACAUGCAUCAAAUGCUGUCCAACCUCACGGCACCCCGUCAACUAACCUUAAUCAUGAGGAGCCAGUUUGUUAUUCCGUUGAAGCAGUGCUUGGACCUCAACUAUCCAAACCUUUCCCUAGUUUCUUCACAACUCCAGGAAGUCAAGAAUCUGCCCCUCUCUCUUCCUCUGAUUGCACACCAGGCUCUGCAUACCAAAGCGAGGUUCCCUACUCUGUAGAUGCUGUCCUCAGGUCUUGUAAAUCAGUGGGAAAUUCUACCGUUGGGCACACAUGUACCCCUCCUACUGCACAAACUGUAUCCUAUACCCCCAAAAGUUACUUUGAAGAGAACACUGAUCCUCUGCUAAACUCAGAAACCCAAAAUGAGAAGGUCUUGUAUUCGGUAAAUACUAGAAAUGAAAAUAACAAAUCCCAAACAACAAAAAUGUUCAAGAGCCAGUUAUCCCUCCAAAUGCACACCGGCUGGAUUUCAAAGACCUGCCCUAAUCUUACUCUGUCCUCUGGGGAUCACAUAAAACAAGGUGGGAAUAUGCCAGAAUCCCUUAAACCUGCUCAAAGAGGUUCUCAUGAAGUCAAGUUGGGAUUGUUGCAUUCUCCUGUCACUGUGGCAGAGAAGUCUGCAUCCUCCAAAAGCAAAGGAGAUAUGAAAGGAAGCACGCACCUGCCUACUGAUAUUUCAUGCUCUAUAAACUGUAAAAGUGAUGGUGUUCUUCCUUUUGGACUCAGUAAGCGUAAGAGCAUCUGUUCAAGGCCCCCUAGUCAGACAUCUUCUAAACAUCCUACACAGUUGAAGCCACAUCUCUCUCUUCUGACAUCUGACUCACAAACCUCAAUAAAGCCUUUUUGUCCCUCUUCGGGUUUCACAGAAUUUAAAGGUAGAGCUAUUGUUCCUGUUGAACCUGCCACCAGCUCCAUUAAGACAAGUGAUUUUACAAACUCUGUCAGUCAACCCAUUGAGAUCCACCUGCACUCCAAAAAGACACAAUCUGGCCACAAACUUGGCACAAAACAACAUUAUUCAACUGAAACCACAGCAGAUUACAGCAGGAAAAUGGCACAUUGUGGUGAUUUGGCAGUUGGAUGUAAAAAGACAGUGAAAAGACCCUUUCAUAGCCUUUUUGCAAGCCCCAUCGCUGACACUCUGCAGCCUUUAGACGAUUCUGUAACAAGUUCCUCUUGUCCUCAAGGUUUAAUUCAAUCUUCCUGUCCUGCUCCACAGUCUUCAGAUUGCAGAAGUACUGAUGUUAAAACUGUGCUUGAACCUGACAAAACCUCUGCCAGGUCCGUCCUCAGCCUUUUUGCUGCCCCUCUCAGUGCUGCUCCUCUCCCAUGCAUGCAGUCUCAACCAGAUUAUUCAAGGACUUCCUCUUGUUCUCAACAGUCAAACCAGUCAGUUGAUAAUACAUCUCAUUUAUCAGACUCCAAACAAAGAGCUUCUAAUUUAGAGACACCUCUCCCCCACCAGGCCCUAACUGAUGUGAAAGAAAUCUCUCAUGUGCCAAGAUCCCCUAAUUUCUUUCCUAAUCCUGAAAUAGGAAAUGAAGACAGUUCAACUGAGCAUAUAAAUCAACCUACAAAGCAGCUGGUGAAUCCCGUAUGUAGCCUUGUGUCCAAUUCUCUGAGUGAGAGGUCUACUAGUCCAACUCCUUGUGGUAACAGUCCAUCUACAACCCAUGCUUAUCAGACGUUGCCUGACAUCUCAUCCCACAAAGUAGCAGCCACUGCAAAUUCAGUUCUGAAGACACUCUUUCUGUGCCUGAGCCCGUACCAACAGGAUGGAGAGCACCAGGACAGUAUUCAGAUCAUUGUCCCUUCAGAAAGUGAAAAGCAGGACAAAAGCAGCACAGGGUGUGUCUUUGUGAAGCAACAGCGAAAGGGUAAAAAAAAGGGUAGCCGAAAGAAGAAGCUCAAGACUCAAGAUUCCCACAAAAAGUCCACUGAGAAAACAGUUGCACACUCAACAGAACACCAGCUCAUGCUUCAAACUCAUCAAAUCUCCUUGGAGGCAACAGGUGGGUCGACUCUCAGCAGUCCAGGAAUGACUGAAUCUCAGGUGAGAAACUCUGGCACACACAAUUUGCCAUUCAAACCGGUGGUGCCGCUGAUGCAGCAUCACACCCGACCAAGACUGAAGCACACAUCGGAGGAAGGAAAGUGGGUGAAUGGGAACGUGGCAGCAACACCGCUCAAGGACCUUUUUAAGACUUUAGACACCACUGUUUUCCACUUUGGACAUUAACUUUGGAAUUACUCUUGUGUGAAAACACUGAUAAUCUUGAUUAAUCUUGCCUUGUGGUCAGCCAUUGUACCCAUAUUAUGAGGGUGCACAUAUUUAAAUCUUGUUUUAUAUUUCAAACCUACAGACUUCUCUGUAUUUGUCAUUUUUUGUGCAGUUUCUGUGACUUCAUUUCUGCACUGUCAACAUUUUUUGAAAUUAAUUGAACAUUAAAAUGUUUUACAUAUA